ACGGUGGCCCUAGGCGCAGAGGGAGAGCGGGGACGGCCAGCGGGAGGGCAGGAGAAGAGCCGAAGGGGACCGGGUCGUGGCGUCCGCUCGGAGCACGCCUAUCUAACGCCCAAACUUCCCGGAACGUUUGAGAGCCGAUUCCAGGACAGCGGAGCACGGCGGGUGUGGGUGUCCGGGCUCGGGGUCCGAGUCUGCGAGCGCAGGUGGACGAGGACGGUCAGGGCCUCUGGCUGUGUUGGGGGCCGCUUGCCCAGAUGUGUAGCAGCUCCUAGCUCAAGAAGUCCCCAGUUGCAAAGCGCCACACCUGUCUCCUCCGGAGCAUUGGGAAGAAGCCAUGGCUGUCAGCCACCUGCCAGCCCCGGUCCAGGUGGUAAAUGCCUACAAUGCUCUGAGCAGUACCUGCCCUUUAGAAUAAGAGCAUGGACCCUGCUUUGAAGGGGGCAGCAUUUAUUUGGGAGGCGGUGACCUUCGGGGAUGUGGCCGUGCUCUUCACUCAGGAAGAAUGGGGACGCCUGAGCCCUGCCCAGAGGGCCCUGUACAGAGACGUGAUGCUGGAAAACUACAGCAACCUGGUCUCGCUGGGACUCUUGGGACCCAAACCAGAUGUGUUUCCGCAACUGGGAAAAGGAGAAGAACUGAUGCCGGGGGGCACUUCGGGAGGCUCCUGUCUUGACUGGAUGGCUAUGUCUGAGAGUAAGAAAUCUACUCUCCAGGCAGACACUCCUGAAGAAUUGGACCCAUGGGCCAUGAAGGGAAGACUCACUAGAGACACUCACUGGCAUGGUGCCAGCCUGUGGGAAUGGCAGCGUGGAGGCCAGGAGAUCGGUUCACAGCAGGUGUUGCACAGUCACCAGAGCAGCCCUCUGGGGGCUGGUGAACAAGAAGGUGUUGAACCUGGGAAGGGCUGCCUCCUAGGCUCAUCUCGUGUUCAAGGUCAGGAAUUUCAACCAAACAGAGAAGCCUUUGAGUGCAAUGAGUGUGGGAAAGUCUUCUUGAAGAGUGCCACCCUUAGUAAACAUCAGAAAACCCAUACUGAAAAAUGUCAUGCAAGUCAGAAAGCUCAUAUGAAAGAGAAACGAUAUGAGUGUAGAGAAUGUGGGAAAGCCUUCCACCAGAGUACACACCUGAUCCACCACCAGAGGGUUCACACUGGCGAGAAACCUUACGAGUGUAAGGACUGUGGCAAGGCCUUCUCCGUGAGCUCCUCACUUACCUACCAUCAGAAAAUCCAUACUGGAGAGAAGCCCUUUGAAUGCAAUUUAUGUGGAAAAGCUUUCAUCCGAAACAUCCACCUUGCCCACCAUCACAGAAUACAUACUGGAGAGAAACCUUUCAAAUGUAACAUCUGUGAAAAAGCCUUUGUGUGCAGGGCACAUCUUACCAAACACCAGAAUAUCCACAGUGGAGAGAAACCCUAUAAAUGUAGUGAAUGUGGGAAAGCCUUCAGUCAGAGCACGAGUUUUCUCCAGCAUCAGAGAAUUCACACUGGGGAGAAGCCCUUUGAAUGCAACGAGUGUGGGAAGGCCUUCAGGGUGAACUCUUCCCUUACUGAACACCAGAGAAUUCAUACUGGAGAGAAACCUUAUCAGUGUAAUGAGUGUGGCAAAGCCUUCAGGGAUAAUUCAUCCUUUGCACGGCAUCGGAAAAUUCACACUGGAGAAAAACCUUACCGAUGUGGUUUGUGUGAAAAAGCCUUCAGGGAUCAGUCAGCCCUAGCCCAGCAUCAGAGAAUCCAUACUGGGGAAAAACCUUACACGUGUAACACAUGUGAGAAAGCCUUCAGUGACCACUCAGCCCUUACCCAACAUAAGAGAAUUCACACCCGAGAGAAACCUUACAAAUGUAAGAUCUGUGGGAAAGCCUUUAUCCGCAGCACACACCUCACUCAGCACCAGAGGGUCCACACGGGGGAGAGACCCUACAAAUGUAAUAAAUGUGGAAAAGCUUUCAACCAGACCGCAAACCUCAUCCAGCAUCAGAGACAUCACACUGGAGAAAAAGAAGCCUUUGAGUGCAAUGAGUGUGGGAAAGUCUUCUUGAAGAGUGCCACCCUUAGUAAACAUCAGAAAACCCAUACUGAAAAAUGUCAUGCAAGUCAGAAAGCUCAUAUGAAAGAGAAACGAUAUGAGUGUAGAGAAUGUGGGAAAGCCUUCCACCAGAGUACACACCUGAUCCACCACCAGAGGGUUCACACUGGCGAGAAACCUUACGAGUGUAAGGACUGUGGCAAGGCCUUCUCCGUGAGCUCCUCACUUACCUACCAUCAGAAAAUCCAUACUGGAGAGAAGCCCUUUGAAUGCAAUUUAUGUGGAAAAGCUUUCAUCCGAAACAUCCACCUUGCCCACCAUCACAGAAUACAUACUGGAGAGAAACCUUUCAAAUGUAACAUCUGUGAAAAAGCCUUUGUGUGCAGGGCACAUCUUACCAAACACCAGAAUAUCCACAGUGGAGAGAAACCCUAUAAAUGUAGUGAAUGUGGGAAAGCCUUCAGUCAGAGCACGAGUUUUCUCCAGCAUCAGAGAAUUCACACUGGGGAGAAGCCCUUUGAAUGCAACGAGUGUGGGAAGGCCUUCAGGGUGAACUCUUCCCUUACUGAACACCAGAGAAUUCAUACUGGAGAGAAACCUUAUCAGUGUAAUGAGUGUGGCAAAGCCUUCAGGGAUAAUUCAUCCUUUGCACGGCAUCGGAAAAUUCACACUGGAGAAAAACCUUACCGAUGUGGUUUGUGUGAAAAAGCCUUCAGGGAUCAGUCAGCCCUAGCCCAGCAUCAGAGAAUCCAUACUGGGGAAAAACCUUACACGUGUAACACAUGUGAGAAAGCCUUCAGUGACCACUCAGCCCUUACCCAACAUAAGAGAAUUCACACCCGAGAGAAACCUUACAAAUGUAAGAUCUGUGGGAAAGCCUUUAUCCGCAGCACACACCUCACUCAGCACCAGAGGGUCCACACGGGGGAGAGACCCUACAAAUGUAAUAAAUGUGGAAAAGCUUUCAACCAGACCGCAAACCUCAUCCAGCAUCAGAGACAUCACACUGGAGAAAAGUGAUGUGAGCGCAGUAUACGUGCAGGGCAUUCAGACUGAGGAUGGGAGACGCCAUGCUGCAGGAAGACUGAACACGUACGUUCUUUGCUAAGACUCAAGCUUCACGGUAGCUCGGGUGAGAAUUUCAUUUAUAGGGGCUGGGAGUUUAAGAACGGCCAGUACCCCUCAUCGCCCAGUACAAAUAGCAGUCCUGUGUGCUUAGCCUGAACCAAAGUGCAAGAACCAAAAUGGAGCUUCAUCAACAUAAAAUUGGUUUAGCAAAUUUACAUUUUGACUAUUAGAAGAAAUGAUAAAGCUGUAGAAGUUAAGGAUGAGAAGCAAAGGAACAAAAUGGUGAAAUGAUCUAUAAGCAUUUCCCUCUACUAGAUUCUCUUAGACGAGAGUCCCACACACACCUUUUUUUUUUUUUUUUGUCAUGGGGCACGU